AGAAUUGCUGACGAAAUCCUAAGAAACGGCACUUAUGGUAUCAUCACUGUCGGCUAUGGGCCACUCGUAACCGACCUGGCUGCUCUUCAGGCUAUGUCUGGUGGAUCCGCUUGUUCUUUCACGGCGAAUGAUGCGAGAGGACUGCUGAGCCAAGUGAAUUCUGUGAAGCUGCUCAUUCUCGAAGCUGAUGCAAACGGUGGAAUAUACUGCGGUAUGUCGCCUUCAACGACCACUGUAGGGACCACAACCACAGCAGCCCCCACGACGACCAUAACAGUGCCUGAAACAACCACGACCUUGAGCUCAACCGAGUGGAUGACGACCACAGAAGUGCUAGAAGCCCUUCGCUUCGAUAUCCUGUUCCUCGUCGACGUCAGCAGGGAAGCGAAAGAUCGACUGGAUGAUGAGAUGAUGUCUGCUUACGACGUCUCCCAGCAGAACGUCCGCGUAGGACUGAUAGCUGUUAGGAGUGAUGAAACGGGCUCCACGACGGUUGCAAAUCUCGAAACCUUCAAAACAUACAAGGAACUGUCUUACGAAGUCGGAAAGAUGAAGGGAUACGCGGAUUUCAAGCACGAUGGCCAGGCAAUUGAAGAGUGA